AUGUUGGAAUCCGUGAACCGCGGCCAGAAUGCGUCGGGCAAGGGUGCGGGCCCAAGCGAUGGUUUGUCUCUGCGCGAAAGGAUGCGAUUGCAAGCACAGCAGAAACUUCAAAACCAAGCUGCUUCCUCCUCUUCCCCCAGCAGCACCAACUCCAUCGUUGAUAUCGACGUUGAUGAGGACGAAGAUGAUCUGGGCUCUCUGACGCUGGGACGCACAAAACGACUAGCAGCACUCAAGAGACCAGCAAGCUACAGCAUCGAUCCGCUCGAUGACACUUCGCGUCUCAAGUGCCAUCCGAACAAGCUUCCAACACUGACAGGAAGCUACGCAACCGUACCGGUCAAUAAGGCCAAAGGGAUCGACGGCUUGCUGCGUGAGCAACAGCGCAGGAGCAAACGAGGCACAGAUGCGCACGGAUUCUCGAGGGCAGAGGCAAUUGCUCGAAGCAUGGAGGAGGAGCGGCUGGGUCGCAUGGGCAUCGCCUAUAUGGACGAGAGCGACGAUGAUGAUGGGCGCUCCUUGACUUUGGAUCCGUGUCGUUCGCGCGCUUUCUCGUCGCGGAAUACGGUCGGAAAGAAUGGAAAGGAGCAGCAGCAGCUGACAGUCAAGGCAUUGUCUCCAACCAUCCCGUCGUUUCUGUGGUCGUCACAGUCAGAAGCUGCUGAUUCGGAAGACGAGGCUCGAAACGAGGUAGACUCAAGGACGGCUGAAGACCGACUUGCGGCUUCUCUGGAUGCCGUUGGUGCGGAUGAGGAUGACAAGCAGCUGGCGCUCGACAUUCUUCAACGAGACGUUGGCGAAGCAAGCAAGGGCCAAGCGCAAAAGCUCAAGGGUCGUAUCACAUUCUACAAGGCAGGAAAGGUGCUCGCUCCGGCUACGACCUUCUUUUGCCCAUUUCCCACCAUCAGCAGGAGCACGAAGGACACCAGGCAAUUACCGGCGGCUGCGGGUGCAUCCACAGCGGCAGCAGCAGACAAACCGACGGCUUCAGACGAGAUUCAAUGGAAUACGCUUGCGCGACAUAUCCUCCUAGCCGGACUUCUCCCUCCCUCACUCGACCUCGACAAACGACACAUUCGACGCAUCCUCGUCUGGCUGUCCAUCUCGUUCAUUCUAGAGCACGAUGCCGUUCAGAGCGGCCUCAUCUGCAUGCUCUUCCAAUCGCUGGUGUUCGAAAGCGCCAAGAGCCAUUACCAUCGACAACUGGAUUCGGCCAUCCCAAAAGCAUUGACCGAUGUUGUCAAUCGUGUUCCCCGAAUCCUUCACAGGCUGGGAAUGGACGACGAAGUGUUCGAACAGUGCUUUCCGGACAACUCCGAGGUGGCCGACGUGCCGCUGUUUACUGUUGCACAGCGCAAGCCUACCGCGUCUUCGUCGCAAGCACAGGCACAACAGGAUGGAGCGAGAAGCUCGUCGCCCAGUGCAGAGUUCACCGAAUUCAAGGCCUACCUCACCCAAGCCGAACGCGACGAAAUUUUGAUCAAUCUCGCAGGUAUGCUCGACAAGAUCGCGAGCAGGCCUCAUCCCACAUUAAUCACUGACAACCUCACGAUUGUGGCGGGAUACGUCGCAAGCAUGGCGAUCGCGUGUGCGGCCGCCACGAGCUUGUGCCUUGUCGAGAGGAUAGGCGCUGCAUUCAACAGCAUCUUCAGCGCGGCGACACGAGAGGGGAGCGAAACGUUGAGGACGUUGCAAGAGCAAGUGUGUCGGAGGACGUUUAGUGCGCUAGGCACAGAUGCAGUUGCGGUGCGGGCGAGGCUGGUGACGACGCUACCGGGCGAAGGGAGGGAGAUUGGCGCGGUACGUAGGUGGUUGGCAUGGCGUGCGUUGACCGAGCACAUUGCGCAGGCGCAUGCGAGUCUGGCAGCUUCGCCGUUGAUGAGUGGGUCAGACAUCGUUCCAUCGUCGGACCCUUUCGCGGACGAAGGGGAAGAGAUGCAGCAGCAGCAACAGCAACAGCAACAGCAACGGGGGAAAGAAGAGGAGACGUUUGAGCCUUUGACGCUUGACUUGGACAUGCUCGUUGCGGCGGUUGACGCGGGUGAUGCGAGGUCUCCUUUCUAUGUGGCGCCUUUCACUGUGUAUGGUGGGGAGGAAAUGGGCCCAGCAGCAGCAGCAGUGACGGCCAAGAAGGACGACGAUGACGAAAAAAGCCCCCCUCCCGACGCACCUCCCACCGCAGGCCCAGUCCAACAUACCACCGACUUUGAAGCAAUCAUCGCAGCAACGCAGCUCGUCUCGCACGCCCUCCGCGACCUGCCCAUCCACAUGUGCACCUUCCACCCCUGCUCCUCCUCCUCCUCUGCCGCCGACCGGAGCACGCCCACUCCCGCGCGGCCAAACGGCACCCCCAGCGCGCAGACCAGCACGAGCGGUCCGCGGCCACGAGCCGCCCUGCGCCUGGCGCUGGCACCCUACCUCUCACUGGACCCGGAGCUGGACGAUACGCGCACGGACGCACUGCACACGCUGGUGCAGCGGCUGGCGCACGUGAACAGCCGCAUCUGGGACAACCGCGGCAACGUGAUCCUGCAGACGCUGGCCAAGGAUGCACUGCACCGCACAGGGCUGGCGUUGGAGUACCAGCUCGACAUGUACGGCGCCUCGGGCAGCCGCGCGGGCUUCAUUCAGUGA